AUGCCUUCCACUCUACUUCCCUGCCUCGUUAUUCUUGAGACCACCCCCCUAAGCCGACACACUUCGGACAAUAUCCUCGAUUUCGGUAGAUUUGCUACGGACCAAUUUGAGUUCAAACUCAAGCUCAUUGCUCACCCCGAUACGUACCAUCUCAUUAAACUCAAUAUGUAUCGCAAUGUUGAGGUUGGGAAUAGCCAUGGGGGAACCACUUGGAUCGCCGGGGUGGAUUUUUAUUUACAAUCAAUGUCGCAUGUUUCAUGCACUAGAUUGUCGCAGGAUGCUACUACAUCCUAUUUAAACCGGAAAUUUAAUCCACUAGAUCUCUGUGAAGCCCCUUUACAGGCAUCGUCGGGCUCGCUUCGCUUGUCGUUGCGAUGCUCUCGAGCACUCUUGUAUUAUGAAGAGGCUCGACUAAUGGGCGAGACUGAAAAGGGGCAGAUCAAACUGCUCCAGGGCUUUGCUGAUUCGGUCAGUACAAACACUCCUCGUGAGGUUACGUUCCUGGUCGGCGAAGACCGAAGUGCCGCAAAAGAGAAAUGGCUACAAGAGAUUGCCAUGAUUGAGCCUAGUAAAUACUUCGCGGAUAGAUCAAGCAAGCUCAGCGCCUUCAAGGCCAUCUCUUUAGUUUCGGGCAUGGUAUCAGAUCCGCUCGCUCGCUGGUUUGCUCGUUCUCCGAAGAAAGAGCUUAUCAAUAUCCGGAAUAUCCUCGAGGCGGGUGAAAAAGAUGCUUCUGAAGGCACCCGGAAUGUCGUAAGACCUCCUAUUCCAACUAUAGGAAUAAUUUCGAGAUUCUUCGACGACCGGCAGUUCAAGAUUACUCAGGCCUACGGUACUAUCGACCAUAUAACUCGUGCUCAGAUCUUUAGCGACAAAAGGAUAUUACAAGAGUUUCAAUGCCACAUAAUCGUUCUCCCAGAGAGCCUCGACGACUUAGACAAUCCUUCAACCGUGGCCGUCGCAGUCCGCAUAAGUCCUGGCUCUAACACUCACCUCCCAAGUUCAGCUACGGAAUGCGAAAUCCGGGUUUUGCAGGUAGAGCGCACCAAGAACCCACUAUACGACGUCAAUAUAGCCAAAGAACUACCCGAAGUACUGGGCAGGAUUGCAUAUGAAAAUCUCGAAGAGCCGUCAGCAAUGGGUCCCGAAGACUUUGUCAGCUAUUGCAAUGUGAUCAAAGAUGCAGAACAGAUAGGUGCUAAGAAGGCCAAGGCUAUACGUACCGAGCUAGAAGGAAUUCUUUCAGGAUUCUGGGUGUCUGAACGUAUGGUGGACAUCUCGGUUCUAAGAAAAUUCGUUGCGAAGCACAAGAACUAUCUUCGUAUGCCCCAAGUCAAGGAUAUGACUCUAGAACGCAAGCUUGCAACGUGGAAUGCUAGAGCAACCGACACCGUCUUCACUCUCUUCGGUAGUAGGUUUAGGGUCUUCCUCGCAAAGAUCCCGCUCGAGCCGUAG